CACCACCGAAGUCGCAACCAUUCGAUCAAAUGUUUUAAAAAUAUAAUUUGGCCAAUAACCCUUAGGUCUUUUCUGUGUAUUAUUCUGCAGAAUGUGACGGUAUUUCAGUGGUUCCGGAUGUGUUUUAGACAUGUUUGUUCGCUGAUUGUUGUUCUUUGUUGAAGUGUCUUGCACCGAACCAUUUGGAUGUGAAUGUUAAACAAUGAUUUAUCCUUCCAAUCGUGAAAUUUCUUUGGUGGAACAGAAGAAGCUCCAGUGGGCAAAGGAAAAAGAAGAACUGUCCAAAUUAAACGAAUCGCUUUCACCAUUCUCCUCAACAACAUCUCGAAAAAUUGAACGCACAUCGAUAAGAACAUUCUACUCGAACGUCGAUCUAUCACAUAAAUAUCGUUCGGAGGGAGACAGUUCGCUACUAUCGACGCCACAUCACUAUGGUGAUUCCAGAGACGAUUACUACAGUCACUAUGAAGAUUUGAACGAACGAGUUCGUAGUCCCAGCCUACCGCCCAUAGACCGGGGAGGAAAGAAUAGGCGUUCAAAACAACCCAUUCCUAGCGCUGACGAGGAUACAUCCGGUUAUUUGAGUGAUUCAGCGAAUCAAUGUGAGAGUCCAGAUGUGACGUUGUCCCACACAAAUAUUUGGCGAAACACUGAACGCCAAGGAAGACCAAGAAUGCGUUUACCCACCGAACAUCGCAAAUCCAACGAGAAUGGAAAAAGUUUGGACAAAAAUCCACGUCACCGGUCCAUACAGAAACAAUACAAAAGUGAACCUCAAUCCAUACAAUUCAACAAUAAAAACCACGAAAUUGUAAAAACGUACAGGGGUCGAAGAAGUCUGGACGACGAAACCGAUAUUGAACCGGAAACGGACGUUAGCGUUCCAAAUUGUUAUGGCAUCUCAUCAUCGAAUUCGUCAGAUAUCAGUCGGGAUUUUUCAGUUUCCCCGGCAUACGGUAACUCAAUGUAUAACAAAAGUCGAGACGAAAGAGCCAAAUGGGGUGACAGAGGUGUAACGAUUGGACAUUUUUACGAUCCGGUUAGCAAAGACAGUGAAAAGCCGGAACCAGUGUGGCUUGAAAGGGGAUUGCAUGACACUCGGGACAGCGGUGAUGAAUCUGUGACAUCGUACUCUUUCAUUAGAGGACAAAAUGCUCCGAUAGAUCCAAAUACCUUAGCAGAACGAGCCACGAAGCGACUUAAAGCUCUUGAAUUUCAAAAUGCUAUCAAGGAACAGUUAGCUGAACGAGAAAUUCAACGAAGACGUGAAUUGGAGAAUCGUCGCAACGAUGAACGACGACAAGAGGAAUUGUUGAAACAUCAAUUAGAACUGGAAAGUAGACAAGCCGAACAGGAACAACGAAAGCAACGCGAAAAAAUGGAAAAAGAAAAUAGAAAACGUGAGAUUUUAGUGCAAGCACUGGAACGUGCUGCAGAAGAAGCGAAAAGAGAAAAGGAAAGACGACGAAGAGAGCGAGGAAUAAUUACUCCGUGUCCAGAUAGCGACCAAAGUGAUGAACAGAAAUUGCAUUCAGAAAAUAUCGUCGACGAGAAUAAAGCCCAGCAGAAGGCGGAUACGACGGAUCAAUGCUCCAAACAGGAGACUGUCAAAAUUGUCGGUGGUUGCUCGGCAGAAUAUUCAGCAAAGAAUGACGAAGAGAAGAUUCUGAUUGGUUCACCAAUUCGACUGAGGAAAAAAAAUGUUCCACUAAAACCUAAGCGACCCACCAAUCCUGUGAAGGAAGAACCAACCAGUACGGAAAAUGAGAAAGAUAAUUUGGAUGGAGUGGCUCUACUCAUACAGCCAUAUCAACCAUUUGUGCCUAUUGCUAUCAAAGAUACCAUUGAAUAUCCGAAUCUACAAUUUGCAGUGAUGCUUGCACAUCAGUUUCCUCAGUUCGCUCCAAUAAAUUUGAAUCUGUUAAACAUGGAGAAUUAUCAGGCAGCUCCUUCCACAGCCCCAGCAAAGAUCACCAACAAUUUCGAACAGCAGAGAGAUUCUCCAGAAGUCCAGAAUGAGUAUGUGAAAUGUGACAUUUGUGGAAAAAACCAAAGACCGGAAGCAGACGAUGAUGACCAUCACGACGAGGAACCAACAAAAGAACCGAAAGAUAUAUUUGUUCUGCCUCAUGAUGGUACCUUCACUAAAGAAUCCAGCGAGAUUGAUAAUUUGUCACACACAACGAAAGACACAAUUGACGUAUCAACGCAAACGGAACAUGCAGUAUGUGAUCUUUGCUCUGUUCGCACUCCUGUAUUGACCUCAGAAGAGUCCAAAUUUCAAAUCGUCGCUGAGAAGGACGACGAUUGCAGUGAAAUUGAGAAAGAGGAAACAACAACGACCACGACCACCACCACCACAACAACCACAAUGAUUCGAUCGAAGAGCAAAGACCAAAAAUUGGCAACACGUCCAAAAUGGGGUGUGAAUAGACCGGCAAAUCAAUAUGUCAAAGCCAGCGAACGCGAUCCAUUCUAUCUCAGGAACAAGCGAAACAGAUUCAAGAAACGCUCUCAAACCGAGUCAGAACUGAUGAACAUCACCGACAAUUCCAGUCGAUCGACUAGUCCCAGCAUAGCCUCACCUCCAGCAUCGUCGAAAAACAAAUCAACCUUAAACCAGAAACUGUCACGCAAUGUCUGCACUGAAAUUCUUCCGAUCAAGACGGAUGUUAACGGGAAAAUAUUUUUGAACUUUCGAGAAGCCAGUGUCGUGAUGACUGAAGAUGAAAUAAAACAAAAUUUGAGACAGAGAUAUUGUCGGAUGGAACGUAUCAUGAACAGACGGAAAACUUCCAACGAAAUAAUGGACGACUUGAACGGUAAAUUGGCGCAGAAAGAACACGAUACAUUCAAUCGUAAAAGUGUUCCCAACGGGAGAGUUGAAAUGCCAGUUCUGAAGAAGAGUGAAUCGUUUAAAGUUCUUUCUAAACGAGGCAGUGCCGAUAUGGACAUAGAGAGUUAUUAAGGAAGAAUUACUCGUAGGAUUUUCGAUCGAACCAUUUUUUUAAACUGCACAUUUCGAAUAAGAAAUUUUUAAUGAGCACAACGACAUUAUGCAACUGAAUCGUUUAAAUAAAGAUGCAAAUUUAAC